AUGGCCUACAACCUGGUCGCUCAGGUUGACGAAGUGGCCUCCCACUCGGGUUCCGACGCAUCGCGCUCCCCAUCUCCAACUCAAGCUGACCUGGGACCGAACCACCCAGGGUCAGGCCGGAUCGACGACAACCAGGGACUAGGCCGACUGGGCUCAAUACUCCAAUCCAUGUCCUCGACAAGCUACGAUAUAGUCGAGGCCGAUGACUACGAUGUCGAUCCUUCCCUUGCGAGGCAAUCGAGCAACCCCCGGAGCAUUCCGCCGCUCAAUACCAGUGUCGCGCGACAUUCCUCGUCCGAAACCCCCUUGCGCAGCGCAUCUAGCGAUCUCCCGACCCCUCUUAGUCACCCAACUCCGGACCUCCAAUCUAUCCAGGGCGCCUACAAAGGAAAUGUAGAGCGGUUGGAAAUGAGCGCGGAGCGUCUCAGCCUCCAUUCAGCAGACAUCGGCAGCGAGAUUCGCAGAAUGGACCAGGAACAGAAGCGACGCUCCUGCAGCUCCGCGUCAAACUCAAUCAAGAUGCGGAAUGGAGCAUUCUCUCCAGGGGGGAUCGCUUCACCCAUUGGAUCGACUAUCUCCACGCGACAGCGCUCCGCGUCGGGCGCAUCUCGCCUCGCCCAGGUGCCGGAGCCCGACUACGAAGGUCACUUCUUGGACAACUUCCCAGCCCGCUUGCCGAUCCUCCCCGAUUCGCAUACCCCAGUCUAUGCUCAUGAAGAUGAGGUCUACCAAGAACAAUACGAUGUCCCCGCGGAUGUCGAGAGACCCGGAACGGCAGCCUCGGGUGAUACCUACCAGCAGGCUCGAACACUAUUUACUGACUUCGAUGGCGUUCAUUUCGCACCCUUGGACCGCAUGAAUACCGGACGGCAGCUAUCUCUCACCCAACCGCCCCUUGCCAGCAAGCCGGAGCCAUUCAAGGAACCCAAAUUGGGCGAGCACAUGGUGUACUACCCAGCUCCUGUCCCUCGCAUGCUGAACCUUCCCCCAAAGCUAUCCCGCAAGCCAAUUGUAGAACGCGAAACGCGUCGCAUGCAACUGUUGACCUCCAUUGUCGCAGAAGACAGAAAGGCGGAGGCAUGGCAUGAGCAGGAAAAAUCACGCGGUAAUCAGAAGGAGAAACGCCCAUCCACAAUUCCACCGCAGCUUCGCGCAAGCGUCUUCUUUGAAUCCCCGAGCCAAUCGAUAGAGGUUGAUGUCAAGCAGGAUUCGGCUGUUGCCACGCUUGAUAGCAUUCUCGACGCUUCGGCCAACGCACCUGUAUCGGCCUUUACGGAUCACCCUUACGCUGGUCAGGUUGGUUCGUACGUGUAUACGAAGUCGAAGCGCAAUGCCAUAGCGAAAGAUCCGAAGAAAUUGAAGGCGCGGAAUUCGCAGCUUUCCAUGGGUCAGCAUCAGAGUUCCCAGCGAGGUAGCACGGUUGGUUCGGAAGAUCGAAGGGGUGAACAGCAUCACGAUGAGCAUGAUUCCGAGCUGUCAGGCAGUGAAUCUGAAGAAGAUGAAGAUGCUUCAGGAAGCGAGGGGGAUGAGGAUGAGGACGACGAGGUCUCGGAUUACGUUGGGCCGCCAAACACACUACUGGCAGAGCUAGAGUUGCGGAAACAAGAACUGAAGCAGCGACAACGUACGUUCGUGCCGAAGCCUACGCCGGGGAUGAGGAAAUCUCUCCUCGAGCUGGAUGCAAUGGCCCAGAUGCAGAGCGAGAAAAGACGCCGGCGUCCAGUCACCCUGGCAUGGGACAAUCACAAUGCCGAUGACGAAGAGGUUCCGUUGGCUUUGCUUUACCCCGAGAAGUCCAAAUCCAAUCUUGCAGCAGAGGAGGACCGCCCUAUUGGGUUGAUGGAACAACGUCAAUUCGAAGAAAAUGAGCCAUUGAGCUCACGUCGGGCGAGACUUCGAGGUGAACCCGUUCUUGAAAAACGCCCUGUCACUGUGUAUUCGGAGAACGCUGCAUCAGCCUCAGCCUCAGCAGCACCAGAACCAGAACCAGAGAGCGGUGACGAGGGUGAGACGCUAGCAGAGCGACUACGGCGAUUACGAGGACAGAACCCGACAGAGAGCGAGUUUGCUCAUGAUCUCCUGGCCGAGAUCGAUCAUCGAGCCGGAGUCGCACCCGCUUCGACUUCUGCUUCUGCCUCCGUGGAGCCCGUGGUAGCUCCCGAGGAAGAGACUCUGGCACAACGACGCGCUCGUCUUCAAAAGGAGAGUGGCGGCCAACAGGCAAACGUGAAGAACCCUCGCAUGCGACGAAGCAUGGCAGCUCUUCCCCAAGUCCGACCCAGACACGUCGUGCGCCAGUCAUCUCAUGAUGUACUUGGCCGGCCCGGCAUGAUGCAGUAUGGCAAUCGAACGUCCAUGCAACCGUUCUCAGCCCAGAUGCAACAGCAGGGGAUGAACAGAGCUUCAUUCCAACCAUCUUACGCCUACGGAACCGGAUAUCCGCCUGUUUAUCCCUACAAUAUGGGCAUGAAUGGAAUGGCAUAUCCACCACCGGGCGCCUGUGGCCCAACCAUGCGACAGCCCAUCAUUGACCCCAAUCAAGCCGAUGUCAUUGACCGCUGGAGACAGAGCGUCCACUAUUAA